CCCUGUUGUAUUUCCCGAGCUCCAUUGCGGAAGCCGAGGCUCGCCAUAUUGUGCGGCGGCGCCGGCGGCCGCGGCGGCUGGUACCCGGGUCUUGCUCCGGCCGCGGCCAGCGGAGCCCCUGCCUGGGGCAGGAGCCAACGCGGUUUCGCCAUGUUGCCCAGGCUGAUCUUGAACUCCUGAGCACCAGCAGUCCACCCGCCUUGGCCUCACCGAGUAUCAGGAUUACAGGCUGGAGUGCAGUGGCAUGAUCUCUACUCACUGCAACCUCCGUCUUCCGGGUUCAAGCGAUUCUCCUGCCUCAGCCUCCCAAGUAGCCGGGAUUAUAGCAAUGUCUCAGGCUGUGCAGACAAACGGAACUCAACCAUUAAGCAAAACAUGGGAGCUCAGUUUAUAUGAAUUACAACGAACACCUCAGGAGGCAAUAACAGAUGGCUUAGAAAUUGUGGUUUCACCUCGAAGUCUACACAGUGAAUUAAUGUGCCCAAUUUGUUUGGAUAUGCUGAAGAACACCAUGACUACAAAGGAGUGUUUGCAUCGUUUUUGUGCAGACUGUAUCAUCACAGCCCUUAGAAGUGGCAACAAAGAAUGCCCUACCUGUCGGAAAAAACUAGUUUCCAAAAGAUCACUAAGGCCAGACCCAAACUUUGAUGCACUCAUCAGCAAAAUUUAUCCAAGUCGUGAUGAGUAUGAAGCUCAUCAAGAGAGAGUAUUAGCCAGGAUCAACAAGCACAAUAAUCAGCAAGCACUCAGUCACAGCAUUGAGGAAGGACUGAAGAUACAGGCCAUGAACAGACUGCAGCGAGGCAAGAAACAACAGAUUGAAAAUGGUAGUGGAGCAGAAGAUAAUGGUGACAGUUCACACUGUAGUAAUGCUUCCACACAUAGCAAUCAGGAAGCAGGCCCUAGUAACAAACGGACCAAAACAUCUGAUGAUUCUGGGCUUGAGCUUGAUAAUAACAAUGCAGCAGUGGCAAUUGAUCCAGUAAUGGAUGGUGCUAGUGAAAUUGAAUUAGUAUUCAGGCCUCACCCCACACUUAUGGAAAAAGAUGACAGUGCACAGACAAGAUACAUAAAGACUUCAGGUAACGCCACUGUUGAUCACUUAUCCAAGUAUCUGGCUGUGAGGUUAGCUUUAGAAGAACUUCGAAGCAAAGGUGAAUCAAACCAGAUGAACCUUGAUACAGCCAGUGAGAAGCAGUAUACCAUUUAUAUAGCAACAGCCAGUGGCCAGUUCACUGUAUUGAAUGGCUCUUUUUCUUUGGAAUUGGUGAGUGAGAAAUACUGGAAAGUGAACAAACCUAUGGAACUUUACUACGCACCUACAAAGGAGCACAAAUGAGCUUUUAAAAACCAAUUCUGAGACUGAAUUUUUUAUAGCCUAUUUCUUUAAUAUUAAAGAUGUACUGGCAUUAUUUACUUUUAUGGACAGAUCUUGGAUGUGUUGUUCAGUUUCCUUUCUGAGCCAGACUUGUUUACACUAUUCAGAUCUUUUACCCUUAAUUUAAGAUUUCCUUUUCGGCUAGGAUUGCAUUUAUUCAGUACUUUUUUCUUUCCUUUAAAAAAUAUAUCUAAAGUUUCAUGUGUUUUUUUCCCCCCACCACAAAGUGUGGUUCCACGUGGAGCACCUUUUUGACCCAGGAAUUUUUCAUAGUUUCUGAAUUCUUAAAGAUUCAGUUGGCUGUCCUUUUCCCACUUCCCUCAAAAGGUUUUUAGUCCUAUAGAAUGUUAAAUAUUAUGUAUUCUGACUCCCCCCCCCCCCCGGAGUCUUGUAUAUUUAUAGUUUUCUAUAUAAAUUGUAAUAUCUUCAUGAAGACCCAAGGCUCAAAUUUACUGUCCUUAAAAACAAUUCUCAUAGGAUUAUUCUUUUCAUGGUAUUUUCUUCCAUAAUAUUUCAUUUUAAAAAGAAGUUCUUUAUGAACUUAGUGUCCAUUGUCAUGCAGUGUUAUUUUUUUCCAUUCUUUUUCCCUGUAAUUUUGGAAUUUCUGGUCCUGGAAAGCAUGAAACAAAAUCUUAAGUUCUGUGAGAACUUGGUUCAUUGACAGACUUAACUGAAGAAAGAAAAAUUAAAUUGGUAGUAAAAUAAUAGUUUUCAAGUGUAUAUUUGAGAGUGCUUUCUUUGUAUUAGUUCUGCUGUCACUUAAUUUCCUUUUUUAUAUGUGAUGUUUUCCCCCAUUAAAAUACCAGAGAUAAUGGAGAUAUUUUGCACUUUAGCCUUGAUGAAAAGUACAAGAUAUAUUCAAAACUUCUCUAAUUUUUUUCUUAUUUGUAGCCACGUAAGUUUCAAGAAUAACAUGGCACAUACAACAAUCGGAAAAAGUUUGUUUCCAUUUGAAAGGUAUAUCAUUUUGGGCUGCCAGCUCAGUUUAUAAAUUUGGUGCUCUUCUAUUACACUUUAUAGAAGGUUAGUGGAGCUUGAGCCCUGCUUUAAUACGUAGUGAAAGAUAAUUCUCUAGAAAAAUGUCAGCCAGUGGGGUAAGGUCAUUCUGCUGUUUUUAAUUUUUAUAUUGAAGGACAAUGUUGGGUGUUUGGGAGCCAGAGGGCUUUGUUGACAGGUCAGAAGUAAGAUUGACUUGUGUGUUAUUGUUCAUCUCUCUCCAAACUCUAGGUAUGUUUCCAAGUUUAUAUAUCACAGUAUUUAAAAAGACAUGUUUGCAUUGAGAAAUUAACCCUAAAGCGUUUUUGAUAGGAGAGUAUAGAACUCCAGUACCAUUGUAACUAAACUCUGUCUGGUCACUGUAAAUAUUUACCUGUCAGUUUUGACAGAUUGGGGCCAGCUGGAUGUUUUAAAUCUUUAGCCCGGUAUGAAAGCUUAAAGGUAUAUAUUCAAUUUUUUACCAUUUUAUUGAAAAUAUUUAAAAUCUGUUUUUACAGGGCUUUUCUUUUUGUAAUCUGUGCCAUGAAAUUUGAAAACCACCAAAAAUCAAGGGAACUUUUAUAUAUUCAAUUCCUUUUCUGGUGUAAUGUUAAAGUUGUAAAGAUUAUUAAUGCAUGCCCACUGAAUAUAACCCUGGUUUUGUGAUAAAGUUGCUUAGAUUUUGUUGAUGACAUUAGAUUAGUAGUUGCAUUAAAUAACUAAAUUCCUAUGGUGAUUAUUAAUUGAAAUUUUGUCUUUAAGCAGAGAGUUAUUUGUGAAUAUAAGCUUUGUGCUUAGAGAAUGUAUGUGUUUUUAUCUGUCAGUAUGAGAGGAUAUAAACUGCAUCAUUAGUGAAA